AGCUGCUGCAGGACUGCAGACAUUCACAGGAAGCUGGACCAGCAUGGCUCUGCUGAAGGUUAUGUUGCUGCUGGGGCUGGGUGUUUCAGUGAACUCAGAUGUUUCUCUGCAGAAGAGAAUCAUUGGCGGUCAUAACUGUGAUGACACGGACCGUCUUUAUCAUGUUCGGCUGGAGGUGACCAACGGGCAGACAACGACCAUCUGUGGAGGAUCUCUGAUCAACCCUAAGUGGAUCCUGACUACAGAUACCUGCUGGAAGUCAGGGGAAGGGUGGUAUAGCCAAGUAGUGCUAAGAGUUCAUUCCAGGACUGGUGGCCGAAAAAUUUCCGGAAUCCAAGGCAAACCUGUGGUUUAUGCUCCUGAAGGUUGGCAUCAUGACAUCAUAUUGCUGAAGCUUCCAAGACAACAAAUUGACAUCCCACUUGCUCCACUACCAGACUGCAGUAAUCGCCCUAAAAUUGGUGACACUGUUCAGCUGGCAGGAGAGGGAGCAACAACAACUGGCCCCAAUAAUCGGCAUUUAUCCAAUGCUGCUGCUGCACCACAUCUUCAGUGUGUCGACAUGAAUGUUGUUCAGCUUUCCCAUUUCCUGCAGCCAUAUGGGCGUCUAUUCUCUGCUUCAGCACCGAACAAAGAUGCAUGUUAUGGUGAUGCUGGUUCAGCAGUGGUAUUCAACGGCAUGAUUUAUGGUGUGAUUUCUCCAGGUUUACCAGUCUAUGCAUGUGAGAGACCAGUUUUAAUCAUGGACGUGUGUGAAUACAUCGGGUGGAUAAGAAGAACAAUUGGCCAUAAAUAAAACAAACUGUCCUGAAAUAAAAUUCUCAUCAAAUUUCCUCUCAGAUAUAAUUUUAUUAUUGUAUCUUGACCAGUUUGAUCCACAGGUUUGUAGAAUUAGAAUAAAUCAAUAGUUUUGUUUUUCCUCAUCUAACCUUGAUCUCCCUAAUGGAUCUUUCUCUGUAUCAGAAAUAAACAAUGAAUCAAUAAAUGCAUGAAAAAUAAA